CCGACUGCAACUCUUCCGCAACUGUCUUUAUAUACCUGGUCUCCCCCUCUUCGCCCUCACGUGUAACCAUAUACAACCAUGCCCUCCUCAAAGCCGCUGUUCAACACUACACGUCUCCAAGGCAAGACCGCCGUCGUUACUGGCGCUUCGGGCGGUAUCGGCGCUGCCACUGCCGUUCUCUUUGCCCGAGCUGGAUGUAAUGUCAUCCUCCUCGCUCGUCGCCAAGAUGCCCUCCACAAAGUUGCCCAGCAAUGCAAGGAAGAAGGCGCUGAAGGCAUCAAGGUGUUUAUCAAGACGCUCGAUGUGAAUGAUAGGAAGGCCGUGGACGAUCUGAUCCCUGCGCUUAAGAAGGAGGGCUUUGAGACUUUUGAUGUUUUGGUCAACAAUGCGGGUGGUGCUAUUGGCAAGGAUAAAGUUGGAGAAAUCUCACUUGCGGAUAUUGACACCAUGAUCUCCACCAACCUCAUCUCCGUCAUGCAAAUCACCCAGCUCUUCUUGAACGAGAUGAAGAAGGUCGACACUGGCCACAUCAUCAACAUUGGCUCUAUUGCUGGCCGAGAGCCAUAUGCCGGGGGCGGUGUCUACUGCGCUGUCAAACACGCCGUUAGAUCCUUCACCAGCACCCUCAUGAAAGAAGUCGUCGCUACCGGUAUUCGAGUGACAGAGGUCGCGCCCGGAUUUGUUGAGACCAAUUUUUCGGUCACAAGAUUUAGGGGGGACGAGGCUGCUGCCAAGAAGAUUUAUGAGGGGAUGCAACCUUUGCUGGCUGAGGAUAUCGCCGAAGAAGUCGUCUGGUGUGCCCUUCGGCCUCCUCAUGUACAGAUCGCCGAAAUGCUGGUUUUCCCUAAUGCCCAGGCUAGUGCGGAGAUUAUUGCCAGAAAGAUAUCAUCAUAGCAUUGGCUGUCUCGUUUAAGUGUGGGAAAUUUGGUGCAUAGUAGAAUAAAGAACAAAAAUUGAACCUCCUGUGACCAAUUACUAGGACUGUUUUACCAUUCCGAGAGGAGGACUUCUUGUGCUGUUGAUGAAAGCCCUCGAACACUGACCGAUGUUUUGAUGGUUGUGGUAUUGACUCUGCAGCUAUCGCCGCCGAGGGUUGCAGAUUGAAGGAACCCAUAGUGAUA